GCUGAUUCUGGUGGCAAUAAUGGCCGUAAGAUUCUCUUCAUACUCAUAGGGAUAGUGGCAGUUGGUUUGCUUUCAUUCGGCCUUUUCAAGUUCUGGCAAAAGAAGAAAAGAGAAGAGCAGUAUGCCCGUCUCCUAAAGUUGUUUGAAGAGGAUGAUGAGCUGGAGGUUGAACUUGGCCUCAGAGAUUGA